UUUUACGAGCGGCUUCACUGUAGGUAGAUCCGAUCAAAUAAAAUAAAAAAAAAACAAUUUAAAAAAAAACAAAAAACGCCGCUACCAUUAACUCGUGAUUACAUAUUUGCUGGCUUAAAAAAAAAAAAAGACAUUUUUUUCUUGUUAUGUAGGAGAAAGUGAUUUUUCAAGUAAGAGGGAUAUUUUUUCAACUCACAGUUUGGAGGACUCUCGGCUGGUCGAGGUUGGUUGCGCCAGUAUGGACAAGUCCCAUCUUUCCAACCCUAGUGACAUCAUCAUGACAAACUCAACAGGUCCCUACCCGCAGGAACCCCUGACUCCUCCCCGGCCCACCCACCACCACUCCUCGUCUUCCUUAUCUUCGCCCUCACCUUCGUCUUCCUCCUCGCCCCUCAAGCCCAAUCAGGUCGGCCAGGUCAUCCUGUACGGCGUUCCGAUUGUGUCGCUGGUCAUCGAUAACAACGACAGACUUUGCUUGGCGCAGAUUUCCAACACGCUCCUCAAAAACUACAGUUACAACGAGAUCCAUAACCGCCGCGUGGCACUGGGCAUCACCUGUGUCCAGUGCACUCCUGUUCAGCUGGAAAUCCUCCGCCGCGCCGGGGCCAUGCCCAUCUCGUCACGCCGCUGCGGCAUGAUCACCAAACGCGAGGCCCAGCGCCUCUGCAAGUCCUUCCUGGGAGAGAACAUACCUCCCAAGCUGCCCGACAACUUCGCCUUCGACGUGACGCAUGAGUGCGCCUGGGGUUGCCGCGGUAACUUCAUCCCCGCACGCUACAACAGCUCACGGGCCAAAUGCAUCAAGUGCUCCUUCUGCAAUAUGUACUUCUCCCCAAAUAAGUUCAUUUUUCAUUCCCACCGUACGCCAGACGCCAAGUACACUCAGCCUGACGCUGCCAACUUCAACUCCUGGCGGCGGCACCUCAAACUUAGCGACAAACACCCAGCUGACGAGCUCAUUUACGCUUGGGAAGAUGUGAAGGCUAUGUUCAACGGAGGAAGUCGGAAGAGGGCGUUGCCCUCUGCGGGCCACUGUCAUUCCAUGGGUCCCGUGAAGACCCUAGGCUCGGUGGUACCUCACAUGAUGGGAGGCGACCUGGGCGCGCAGAAAAGAGCACACUUUGAAGAUGAAGACGACCUUGAAGGAGGUGGUUUGUCCCCCCGUAAGACACCGCGUAGUUAUCCCGUCAUCCCCGUCCCGAGCAAAGGCUUCGGCAUGCUCCAAAAGUUUCCCCCCACGUCGAUUUUCCCAUCUCCUUACCCCUUCCCAGCCUUCGGCCUCUGCCAGCAGAAAAAAGAGGAUAGUGAUGUUUCAGCCGGACACAAAGGGACGGGACUGUCGGGUCUUUUAUGGCCCGGACGUAAGGACACUUUUUAUCCUCCCUUUUGCAUGUUUUGGCCCCCGAGAGCAGCAGGUGGGAUCCCUGUGCCCACGUACCUGCAGCCUCAGCCCAGCCUCUCCUCCCUGGCUGACAAUCCUUCCCUUCGGCAAGCCUUCUUGGAUCUGUCUGACUCCUCUGAACCUGGAGCUCCAGCUGGCAACGCCGUCACUACAAACGUGACCCCCAAUAACGGGAGCGCCGCAUCUAGAUCUGCUCUCUUUGACCCCGAUUGUACAAUGAUAACCCCUGACCUUCGGCCUGUGACUUCGGAGAGCUGGCUCAAACUCUUAGAAAACCCAACACUCCAAACCAGGAAGCCCAGCUACGGCUCAGCCUUCCGCCCUGUCAUCAAAGAUGCAGAGAGCAUCACUAAGCUCCACAGUAACGGAGGAAGCGUCACCGGGGUGACAGAUGAGGACUUGGGGAUCGCCGUCACAGGGUCGGACCGCCACCCACGGCUCUCGCCCAGCAGCAGCUGUAGUUACGGCAGCGAAAGCGGGGGCGAAGGAGAAGCGGAGGGAAGGGAAAGCGAGGAGGACGGGGAGGUGGACGUGGAGUCCUCUAAGCAGGAAGACGAAGAAGAAGAUGGGGGCUUCGCCGGGCGGCCCCCGCAGACUCAAACAAACCUGUUCCUGCCCACAGUGAGCAACAGUGCCAGGGAGGACCGGGGGAAUGAGAGGGGGAGUGUUGCGGCAUAUCCAAGCACCUCCCCUCCCUCCUCUGUGGACCCCAUCCGACAGGAGUCCCCCAGCCUGCCCGCCUCAUCGCCCGCCAGCCUGCCACUCUCCGGCUCCAGCCCCUUGCACAGAGAAGACCCAACUUACAAAAACGUAGAGAAAAACAGAAAUGAAGGACUACCUGCCUACGCAACCAAAGACUCCAUGUCAGAUGAAAACAAAGAGCAGACCAGCUUCUUUGGAGCCGAGAAUGAGACAUCAGUACCAGCACCGGACUACUGGAGGGAAAGCUCAGGUGAUCAAAGUCAAGGGGCUCCGUCUCCUGUGCAACUUAAGAAGGAUGUAGAGAAUAUGGAGAAAGAGGAGCUCCAGAAAGUUCUGCUGGAGCAGAUAGACUUUAGGAGGAGACUGGAGCAAGAGUUUCAUGCUCUGAAGGGCACAUCCCCAUUUCCUGUCUUCCAUAAUUUCCAAGACCAGAUGAAAAGAGAGCUAGCGUACAGAGAAGAGAUGGUCCAGCAUUUACAGAUGAUUCCGUAUGCAAACAUCAUUAGAAAAGAAAAGAUCAGCUCCCAUCUUAAUAAGUAGAUAAAAGACUGAGUCAUCUUACCUGGAAGGAAGAAGAAUUCUGCAAAACCUCCUCCUAAAUGAUAAUAAUGAUAAAACUAAAUUAGUAGAAAAGACAUAGUAGAAUGCAGAGAUUUCUCUGGAUUCCUUGCACCUGAAACAUUUGUCCUGUUCCCUGGGAUUGAUUUCCUAAAAGAGAAACAAACUGAUGACUUCAGAUGAAAAUCCGCAGUCAGACUCAAAGGCACCAAGCAGGACCCAAAGAUGCCCACCAUGAAUUUACCUGGUGGCCUUAAAGGCUAAUCUACUGAAGUUGAACAACCUGGCUUUUUAACAAGUUUUUAAAGGUACAAAGAAGUCAGAUUAAGUCAAGACUGUUUUGUUCAGGACUCAGAACUGCUGCUGUAAAUAAACACACUGGAUUCCGAUGGUCCUCACGCUAAUAUUGUUGCUGUUGUUACUGUUUUUGUUGCUGUGAUAAUUGUAAAUUACAUAUCAGCCAUUAUUUACUGUGAACCUAUUCAUCAUAAACAUGCAGGAAAUGUUACCUCAAAAAGAACAUUAUUUGUCAUAUUGUCAUAAAGUAUUCUCCAGAUAAGUAUCAUAAUAGGUAUGUUUUUAUUUUGCACACAUUUUUUUCCAGAUACUUUUUAAAAUAAUUGGAAAAAAAAUCAUAAAUUAAAGGCUUUACUUUCCCCCAAAGGUGUGUCAGUAUGCUGCCUUUUUGAUUGGUUUGUCAUGUCUGCAGAUGCUGAAUGGACAUAACUUGUAUAUAUUGAACUUGUAAAAUAGCCCAACAAAAAUUGUACAUACGCUCCAUGUGAGUGUAUUCAUCCACACAGUCUAUUUAAAUGUGUUUGUUAUUUUCAUUUCAGUAUUGGGGCCUAAGACCCUGACCUUAAAAAUAUGAUUAUUUAUUACAAAGAGAAAAGAAAAUGUUGCUGUCAAUCUCACAAAGUGUAAAAUGAAAACUCAUCCAUCAUGUUUAUAGGUUUGACCAAAUGAAUGGAUAAAGUUGUCAUUGCCUGAGAAAGAUGUUCUAAUUAUAAACUGCAGAUGUAUUUAAAUAACCUAUGUUCCUGCUCUCUACGGUUUACUGUAUGUGUAAAUUAAAAGACUAUAAAUAACG